CUCCCCGCCUGCAGCAGACCAGGAGCCGUCUGGUGGCAGUGUGGAGAAGCUUGGGAAACAUCAUUAACAGAAGGGCCGCCCGCCCAUUUCCGUUAUCUCCUUCAGCAUGGAGCCUUAUGAAGUUUUAGUUAACCAGCCUGUCGUCAUAGAUAACGGUUCAGGUGUAAUUAAAGCAGGCUUUGCAGGUGAUCAAACUCCAAAAUGCCACUUCCCAAAUUACAUUGGCAGACCAAAACAUGUUCGUGUGAUGGCUGGGGCACUGGAGGGGGACCUUUUUGUUGGUCCUAAAGCAGAAGAACAUCGUGGUCUCUUGUCAAUUAGGUAUCCAAUGGAGCAUGGAAUUGUAACAGAUUGGAAUGAUAUGGAGAGGAUCUGGCAGUAUAUUUAUAGUAAAGACCAACUUCAAACAUUUUCUGAAGAGCAUCCAGUUUUACUAACAGAAGCUCCUCUUAAUCCACGAAAAAAUAGAGAAAAAGCAGCUGAAAUAUUUUUUGAAACUUUCAAUGUCCCUGCUCUCUUCGUCUCCAUGCAGGCAGUCUUAAGUUUGUAUGCAACAGGAAGGACAACUGGGGUUGUUUUAGACUCUGGUGAUGGUGUAACACAUGCUGUUCCAAUUUAUGAGGGCUUUGCCAUGCCUCAUUCCAUCAUGAGGGUGGACAUUGCUGGACGAGACGUAACUCGUUUCCUAAAACUUCUAUUAAGAAAGGAAGGACUAAGUCUGCACACAACUGCGGAAUUUGAAGUUGUAAAAACAAUGAAAGAACGUGUUUGUUACCUGGCCACCAACCCCCAGCGGGAGGAAACUGUUGACACUGAGCGACUCUCUUAUCAGUUGCCAGAUGGAUCAAUGGUUGAGGUUGGCCAGGCACGUUUCCGUGCACCAGAAGUUUUAUUCCAACCACAUCUUAUUGGAGAUGAGAGUGACGGUAUCCACGAGGUUCUUCUUUAUGCUAUCCACAAAUCAGACAUGGAUCUACGUAAACUUCUAUUUCAAAAUGUUGUAAUUUCUGGGGGCUCAACACUUUUCAAGGGAUUUGGUGAUCGAUUGCUCUCUGAAGUAAAGAAGCUAGCACCGAAAGAUAUUAAAAUCAGGAUCUCGGCACCAGCAGAGCGACUUUAUUCUACGUGGAUUGGUGGUUCUAUUCUUGCCUCGCUAGACACCUUUAAGCGCAUGUGGGUUGGCAAACGUGAAUACGAUGAGGAUGGUGUUCGGGCAGUUCAUAGGAAGACCUUCUAAUUGCACAUUAGAUGUAGACUAUGGCUAGUUUAAGCAAAGAAUAUUGUUCAUGUUUGUUCUGUUUGACUGAAAUUAAUGAUUUCUUUAAAAAAAUUUAAUACAAAUUUAAAUUAAUUUCAAUAUUUUAUGAUAGAUGCAAACUUGAUGGACUAACUUAUAAUACAUUAAUGUUCUUUGGGAGUAUAGAAUGGAUGUCAUGAAUCUAAUGUUGCUAUAUGGUAGCUGUAAAAAUUACAUACAGAUGUUAAUAAUAAAAGGUCACUGUGGGAGUUUAGACAUUGUAUUUUUGCCACAUUUGUGAAUUAUCGACAAGAAAAAUAAAAAAGUAAAUUUUUAAAAAAGUUUCUAGCCAGUUGAUAUAGCAUAUCAGAUGUUACUCAUGAAAUAAGAUUCCGCAUUUUAUUGGGUAUUUUCAAAUGGCUUUUGCAAGAAUUACAUUAUUUUUGAAUUAUGAUUGUUUGAAUUAGGAAUUGUACACUGUGAUUUUGUGCAGCUUGGUUUGUCUUCAGACAGUGGUGUGCACUGUUGACUGUAAGAAUUAAAGUUGAUGACACUAUAGCAGUACCAGUCAUGGUUGUGAAACACCUUGAUUCAUAUCAUAUGCACAAGUUGCUAUCAAGGUGUUAUUCAAGAUAUGUAGUUUCAUCAGUAACUAGCUUAAAAAUUAAAAUUAUGUUGGUAUGGAUAUAUAUGCAUCCUGUUAUGUUGAAUAUAAAUAUUGAAGGCAAAGGAUAACAUUAAGUUUAUUUAUUAAUUGAACUUGGCUGUAUAAAGCAAAUGUGAUUGUAAUUCGUGCAUUACACAUGAAACUUUUGUAACCAGUUUUGAGGGGGUAAAUCGACAUUAUCCCUGUAUUGGCGCUAUAGGUAGCAAGCAUUCCUGUAUACUGUACCUCCAGAACUAAUCUUCCACAAAGGGGACUUUAGUUUAUGUUGUAUGCAGUAACAUCAUCUUUAGGAUGUUAAUUUAAUGAAGAUUUAUUAAACUUUCUAUUGCUUCUGUGCCUUGACAAUGAGAGAAGUCGAUUGCUUUUGUGAAACCAAAGUUAAUGUAAUCAUAGCACAGAUGAAUGUUGUAUUAUGCUUGAGCCAACUCAUGGUAAAUGCAAAGUCUUGUAUGGUAUUGGUAGCACCCUCUUUGUUAUUGCUUUGUUUCUUGUGCAGGUCUCAGUGUCAAAGAGAUUUAAGUAGUUCUUUUCUGAACUUGAGUCAGUGUUAAAUCUUUUGACCCAAUUUAAAAUUCUCUGUAAAUUUAAACAAUAUAUUGCUUGUGUACAGUCGUUUCAACUUUGCUUUUGUCCACAUAUAUGAGGACUAAGAGAAGCUUUAACUAGAUUUUUUACUUUUUAUUGAUUUUAUUCUUAUAUUUUGGCUUUCUUAUGAGAGUUCGAUGUAUACAAUCAUUACAAAUUGCAAAUUAAGAGUUGUAAUGUUAUGUGCAGUAAAAAAUUUGCAGUCAGCAAUGGCUGUUCAGGUUCUGUCAUUUUACAGAAAGCACAAUAUAGUUUACACCUUUACCAAUCCCUGAAUGACAUUGACUUUCAUUGGGUACGCUUCGUAAUGCUGAAACUAUGGUGAAUUGAACAUUUCCAAUAUUUACAUUAAGAUUAUUUUGUAUCUAUAAUGAAGUCGAUAAUCAGUUAUGUUUUUUCUUUCCUCUUUCAAGUUGUAUUAUUCAUUUACAAUUAAGUAAAUCUGAGUUGGAAAUUGUCACUUCAUUCUUGUCUUGUAUUUUUAUGGAAUCAAAUAAUUUUUAUUUUAGAAAAAAUUAGUCAGUGUCAUGUGGUGCUGUUUCUUAUAUGCUGUAUUAAUACCUAUUGUCUCAAAUGUCAACUUAGGGCCAGGUAAUGCUGAGAUUGUUAAUGGUAAAAAGGACAGCUUCAUACUGAUCACAAUAGAUUCCAUUGACUUAAGAGUAAUUUGAAAUAAUACUGCUUGUCAUGAAAAAGAAAACUACAGAAUAAAAAAUUUAAAUUUG